AUGUGCGGCGGGCGGCGGGGGUGGCGGCGGGCGGGGCCGGCGGGGGCCCGCCGGCGGCGGGGGGGGGCGGGGCGGCGGGGCGGGGGGGGGCGGGGUGAGGGGGGGGGGGGGGGGGGGGGGGCGGCGGCGGGGCGGGGGGGGGGGGGGGGCGGCGGGGGGGGGGGGGGGGGGGGGGGGGGGGCGGGGGGGGGCGGGGGGGGGGGGGGGGGGGGGGGGGGGGGGGGCGGGGGGGGGGGGGGGGGGGCGGGGGGGGGCGGGGGGGGGGGGGGGGGGCGGGGGGGGGGGGGGGCGGGGGGGGGGGGGGGGGCGGGGGGGGGGGGGGGCGGGGGGGGGGGGGGGGGGGGGGGGGGGGGGCGGGGGGGGGGGGGGCGGGGGGGGGGGGGGGGGGGCGGGGGGGGGGGGCGGGGGGGGGGGGGGGGGGGCGGGGGGGGGGGGGGGGGGGGGGGGGGGGGGGGGCGGGGGGGGGGGGGGGGGGGGGGGGGCGGGGGGGGGGGGGGCGGGGGGGGGGGGGGGGGGGGGGGGGGGGGCGGGGGGGGCGGGGGGGGGGGGGGGGGGGGCGGGGGGGGGGGGGGGGGGGCGGGGGGGGGGGGGGGGGGGGGGGGGGGCGGGGGGGGGGGGGGGGGGGGGGGGGCGGGGGGGCGGGGGGGGGGGGGGCGGGGCGGGGGGGGGGGGGGGGGGGCGGGGGGGGGCGGGGGGAGGGGCGGGCGGCGGGCGGGGGGGUGGGGCCGGCGGCGGCGGGCGGCGGCGGUGGCCGGGCCGGGGCGGCGGGGGGGGGGCGGGGGGCGGGGGCCGGGCGGGGGCGGGGCCGGGCGGGGGGGGCGGGGGGGCGGGGGGUGGGGGGGGGGGGGGGGGGGGGGGGGGGGGGGGGGCGGGGGGGGGGGGGGCGCGGGGGGGGGGGGGGGGGCGGGGGGGGGGCGGGGGGGGGGGCGGGGGGGGGGGGGGGGGGGGGGGGGGGGGGGGAGGGGGGGGGGGGGGGGCGGGGGGGGGGGGGGGGGGGGGGGGGGGGGGGGGAGGGGGGGUGGGGGGAGGGGGGGGGGGGUGGGGGGGGGGGGGGGAGGGGGGGGGGGGGGAGGGGGGGGGGGGGGGGGGGGGGGGGUCUAUUGUGCAACCGUUGGAAUAGUGGCUGUCAAUCUGAUUGGCGACGACAUCCGUCAGUCUUCACACUCUGAUCCCCAACAUCCUUCUUCCAAUAACAACUGCUCUGCAGCAAGUGUUUAUAGAUCGGACUUUAUAUCACCAACGGAAGACUUGGCCUUCGAUAUUUACCAAGACCCGGAAGUGGCAGAAAUUAUUCGUCGAUUGGAUAAGCAGAAGCUGUUAGCGGUCACACAAGAACGCUUCGAUCAAGCGCAGAAAAUCCGCGACGCAAUCGACUAUUUGCAACAAGUCGGCGAGCGCUUGGGUCGUUUGAGUUUGGAGAAACAACAAGCUGUGGAAGAGGAGAACUAUGAACGUGCAAAAAUAAAAAAGAUACAAAUCGGCGAACUCCGCGCCAAACUGCAUCGCGAUUUGGAUUUGGUGAAUUUGAUUUCGAUCGCAUCGAUCGAACUUCAAAAUCCAAAUGAGAUCGGUGGACAACAGACAGGCAUUGACCAAACACUCUCUCAGUCCGAUCAGGAUUCCUCUGCAUCCAACCAUCAACAUAGCGAGUUCACCAGUGAUAUUUCCCGUGCGUCGGAGAUAAAACUAAAGCAGUUCAAGGACCCCACAAAUGUGACCGCUGAUGACCGCCCUCUUCCUACCCUGAAAAGACGAUUACAACGGAAUAAUUCGGCAAGCACAACCGCAGCGGAAAUCAUCGUUCCAACCUUUCCACCAGAAGAAGGGCGUCUCAGCGAACCUUUUGGAUUGGCGAUGCAUAUACCUUUUCAUCUACAGGUUCCAGCUGUUGAUGAGUCCAAAAACCUGGGGCGGAUUGACGAGGUACGCGCUUACGAUGCUGUGGAAGCACCCCAUGACAUUGUUACGGACGAGUCAUUCUCACAAGAUAUUCCGGACUCACCGGAGCCUCUAAGCGAGUCACACCGACGAUUGGCAGGUGUCGCCAUCGAUAUUGUGGGCGUUCAACUGGUUACAAUGGCGUUCAGUAAGUCUUGGGUGUUCCGGAAAAAGGCCCUGCUGGAGCUGGAACAAAGAGUUACGGCCCCUAUUUUACCACCUUUAGCAUCGUUACCAGACUCGUCCGAGCCGGAUCCCCGUGCUGAACUUCGCUCCACUGCAUUCCUGUUGCACAAAGCACUGCACGAUCAAGUGCUUUCUGUUUUUCGUUUGGCCGCUCAUUCCAUUAAAGUCACUGUUGUGGACUUUGCCGAACGCUAUUGCAUCCCUCGUGUAGAGUUGCAGUUCGCCUUGGACAAACUGAUUCCAGUACUAUGCCAUCGCACUGGGGACACUUCAAGUCGUGUCAGAGACGUGGCAAAGCGGCAGAUUCUCGCAAUGGCCCAAUGGCCUCAGGUACGGCAAAAAUCUGCCUUCUGGAGUGAGAUCGUGCGCCCACUUGCUCCAGUCACGCUGGAUCGACUAGCCCUGAGCCAACUGGAGAUUGUGACUGAGCUAUACGCAACUCUCGGAGUUGACCCUCCCUGUCCUGAUCACACACAUUCCAUCACGACCGGCUUUACUUUGGAUGCUGUGACCACUUUCACUGCAAAGGCGCUGAUGCAUCGUUCGAGUGAAGUGCGUGAAGUUGCAGAGAAUCUUAUGGUCGCUCUGUAUCGCGCCGAGAACCGUGCCACCGUCCGACGUGCAUUACCUAUGGAUGACAUUUUUGCGCGACGAAAUCCUCUUUAUCGUCGUUUGUUCGGCAAGUUUGAAAGGAUUGACAAAAGAUAUCCCUCUGCAGAGAAUCGCAAUUAUGGCAUGGCACAGGAUGCUAUGAAAAAACAAAGGGGUAUCAAGGCUUUACAGGCUGAAGUCCAGCACCUCCGAUGCCAAUUAGAGAACGGGCAGACACGACGUACGGAUCCACAACAUUCUAAGAGCAAUUCAGGGCCUGUGCAACCACCUGUUCAUCCUUCACGCCAACUACGAUCCUCUGAUGCUCCUUCGAAACCAGAUCUUCCUGUUGAUCCGAAAGGAGAUUCGAACACCCGAGAAUCACAUGCACGCGACCGCUUCUCGCCUUUGCCACCACAAUCAACACAAUUGAUCGGCGAAGCGGAACUUUUGUUGAGUUUGGAGAGGACGUGUAUCUUCUGCGGGGAGAAAAAUGAUGCAUUCACUGAGGAAGGUUUGGAUCUGCACUAUUGGAAAGAUUGUCCCAUGUUGCAACGAUGCUGCGAUUGCAAACAGGUUGUGGAGAUUGCAGGGAUGACAGACCAUCUUCUGAAUGAAUGCGAGGUGUCUCCUCCUGGCCAUUACGUCCGAUGUGAUCGUUGCUCCGAGGCAGUUGUCACUUCGGAGCUGCACACACAUGCGUGCAUUCCUUGCUCCCUGACUACUGGAAUGCGUUGUCCAUUAUGCCAUGGAGAUCUACCGUGGCCCGUUUCUGACGCUGUGACCCUCGUAAGCCCCGAAGAUGUGUGGAAAGCACAUUUGUUAGGCCUCGAUCCAAAUAACAUACCAGUUUGCUCUGGGAAUCCCCGAAGGCUCGUGAGAACUCAGAAAGCUCUACAUUUGAACUCGACAGAGUACAACGUUUCUUCGAGGCCGAGCAAGACUUCGAAUCAGAAAGAGGAUGGCUUUUCGCCUUCGGUGUCAACAUUAUCAACUAAAACCAAGACCGGGAUACCCCGUCCAAAAGCAACAGCUAAUGUUCGGCCU